UAGCCUGGCCUCGUGGCCCCCGCCGCCUCGUGGAGGGAGAAUGCGAAGGUUUUGAAGGGCGAGCUUCGUGUGUGUGAGUGAGUGAGAGAUUGCUCACAAGGAGCUGCCGUCCUCGUGCCCAUGCGGUGCUGCGAGGUCAUCAAGCCCUCGAUGAAUUGGUCCCGAUCAGCAGGGACAGCAUCACAGAGUUCGUGUUAGCGAGAGACAGGCAGGCAGGCAGGCAGGCAGAGGGUUGAGAGUGGGAUUGCAGCGAUGGCGCUAGGGUUGCAGAAGCUGGCGGGGCUGCGCUCCUCGCUGCUCGGGUCGCAUGGCCCCCUGCGUGUCGGUGCUGCGUUUGCGAUGGCUCGCCCUUGGGCUCUCAGCGUAGCAAUGCACGCGAAAGCUGCACCUCCUGUCGAGGAAGAGGUAUUGGUUGAAGAUGGAUUCGCUACGAAGGUCGCCAUCUUGAAUAGGCCGAAGAAACUCAAUGCCCUUAAUGAAAAUAUGAUUGACCGCUUGCUGGAACUUUACGCAAAAUGGGAAAAGGACAAGCAUGUGCGCAUGGUUAUUCUUACAGGUGCUGGACGGGGUUUCUGCGCAGGAGGUGAUGUAGCGUCGGUGUAUCAUUUUGGAAAAGCUGGUCAACAGGAACGUGGUAAUACAUUUUUUAACAAAGAGUAUCACCUCAAUUAUGUUUUGGGAACUUUCAAGAAAAUCCACGUGGCUCUUCUUGAUGGUGUGUGUAUGGGUGGUGGUAAUGGAAUCUCCAUGCAUGGAAAGUUUCGAGUUGCUACAGAAAAUACUUUAUUUGCCAUGCCGGAAACUGCCAUAGGGCUUCAUCCUGAUGUUGGGGCGUCGUAUUUUCUUUCAAGAUUACCUGGCCAUCUAGGUGAAUACUUAGGCCUCACAGGAUCUAGGCUUGAUGGAGCAGACUUGCUUUCAUGUGGCCUUGCGACACACUUUGUUCCCUCACAGCGACUGGCUGAUUUGGAAGACCGGCUUGGUGGUCUUAACACUGGAGAUCCAGAGGUUGUGGGCAUUGCUAUUGACGAAUUUUGUGAUGUUGUCUACCCCGGAGACAAGAGCCCUUUGCACCGGAAGGAAGAUAUUGAUGAAUGUUUUGAGAAGGAGACUGUGGAAGAGAUCGUAGAUACUCUUGAGACAAAAGCUGGGAGUAAUGAAGAUGAAUGGUAUUCAAAUACUCUGGCAUUAAUGAAGAAAGUAUCUCCUAUUAGUUUGAAAGUGACGUUGAGAUCUAUUCGAGAGGGUAGACAACAGAGUUUAUUUCAAUGCUUAGAGCGUGAGUAUCGUCUCAGCGUACAUGCUGUAAAUGCAACGCAUUCCACAGACUUUUACGAGGGUUGCCGAGCCCUUCUGGUGGACAAGGACAACAAGCCGCAGUGGAAGCCUCCGACUUUGGCGGAAGUCACUAAAGAGAUGGUGGACGAUAUUUUCGCACCAUUCCAUCAAGGGGAGAAAGAAUUGGAGCUUCCAGUUCAACAGCGUGAAGGCAGGUCAAGACCUCGUUCGCGACCUUGAAGCUUGAUACUUGAAGCUUUCACAUUCAGGGCUUAUUGAAUUGGGCAUAUUGGCAACUAGCUUCGGUGGAAGUUUUAACACUUCAAUCUUUUUGAGCUUUGCCGAUGCUUUGUGUACAUGAGUUCAGUAAGACUUUUAGUGUCACAUUUUCAGCUCAUUUAGAUUACAUUAUUGCACCUGAGUGAGGCACUUUAUACAGUACCUGAAACAUAAUGGUCAACAAAUCCGAGCAUAAGACUUAUAGCAGUGGCCAACCCUGUAUGUUGGGAGCCUUAUUUCUUCAAAUCACCUCUGGAUGAAACAUAAGGAAUGCUUCUUCAAAAACCA